GCUCUCUGCAACAUUUCAUCAGUAGUUCCCUUCUCACAAACCCUAAGUCUUUGUCUCUCUCUACUCAUCCGUAUAUCUAUUAUAUACAAAUCUCUCGAAAAUCCCUCGCUCAGAAAUUUGUAUCGGCAGUCGUUAAUUUGCUUUCCCCGUUGUCUCAAUCUCACUCCUAUUGUGUGUUUUUCUUGACGUUUUUGAUAUAUCCAUUUUUCUCAUGGCUGAAAGAAAACUGGAUCUUUCUGAGAAUCUCAUCUCAUCGAAGCAGUCCGAUCAAUUGUGGAAUCCAAAAGAUUCUGUGGAAAAUGAGGAGGAAAAGGGGCUGAUGGGAUUACUUGAUGAAUCAAAAGAUCAAGGAGCAGGUGAGAACAGCAUUCCAUUGUCUCCGCAAUGGCUUUAUUCUAAGCCUAGUGAGGCUAAGAUGGAAUCACGUGGACCAAGUUCACUUUCUCUUAGUAGUCCUGAUGUGAAUCAGAAGGAAGGUUGGCGCUCAGAUGCACCCGAGGACAAAAAAGAUUGGAGAAAAAUUGCACCGGAAGCUGAUAGUGGUCGCCGCUGGCGAGAAGAAGAAAGGGAAACUGGAUUGCUUGGUCGAAGAGAUCGUAGGAAGAUGGAUAGACGGAUUGAUGCCUCGGGCAGAGAAACAGUUGAGAAUAGAGUGUUGCCUGCUCCUGAAAGGUGGCUUGACGCCAGCAGUCGUAACUCUUCCCUUGAAACAAGGCGUGAUAGCAAGUGGUCUUCUAGGUGGGGUCCUGACGACAAAGAAAAGGAGUCUCGGAUUGAAAAACGUGGAGAUGUGGAGAAGGAAGAUGCUCAGAAUGAAAAUCAAUCAAUCAUGUCAAGUAGCCGAUCUGUUUCUGAACGUGAUGGAGAUUCUCGGGACAAGUGGAGGCCACGCCACAGGAUGGAGGUAAAUUCUGGUGGUUUUGGUUCUCAUCGUGCUGCGCCUGGAUUUGGACUUGAAAGGGGAAAACUUGAGGGUUCAAAUGUGGGGUUUACUGUUGGACGUGGCAGAUCAACUGUAUACAUUGCAAAGCCGCCAUCUGUGGGACCAAUUGGCACUGCUCAAUAUGACGAGGAUGGAAGUGUUCCUGGAAAAAUAAGCCUCUCUGUUGGAAAGUUCUGUUAUCCUCGGGGGAAACUUCUUGACAUAUACCGUAUGCAAAAGCUAGCCCCUUCUUUUGCUAACAUGCCUGACUAUUUGGAGGAGAUACCCCAGCUAACUCAAUUAACUGCUGUUGAACCAUUAGCUUUUGUUGCUCCCCUGGCCAAGGAGGAGGCCAUCUUGAAUGACAUAGGGAAAGGUAAAAUAAGAGGCAGUGAGGUAUCAUACAAUUCAUCUAGGAAGGGUGGAUUGAAGGAUAAUGUUUCAGUGGAAAAUGUGGACUCUGUCAGUGCAAAACAGGCCCUCCUUGUAGAUAUUGCAGAAGCGAUGUCAGAUGACUCAAAAGCUACACAGGAUAAUAUUCACGAUGCUAGCGUGGAUGACUUCUUUUACAACAACUUACUUAAAUCAGAGGUAACUGUUGAUGAUGGAAAACAUGAAGUUUCUGAGUCAAUUGGAAGAGAUGUUGAUAUUGGUGGCUUACAGGCUUUUAGUGGUAGUCAAUCUGAUGGUUCGCAGCUCAAAGUUGCAGAUUCUGCUGCUAUCUCACUGUUUGACGGAGGUUCGUCUGCUAUAUUAUUGGAUGCCAAUAAUAAAAUUCCUGAUGUUUCAAAUUCCAUAUUUGGUACUCCAUCUUCUGAUCAGUAUUGGGAUGGCAGUCUACUGCAUAAGUUUGGCAGCAGAACUUCUGAAAAUCAGUUAGAAAGGAGAAUCAUUCCUGAGGAAUUAAGUUUAUACUAUCGUGACCCACAAGGAGCUAUACAGGGACCUUUCCUUGGAGUGGAUAUCAUUUCAUGGUUUGAACAAGGAUUUUUUGGGACUGAUUUGCCUGUUCGAUUGGAAGAUGCUCCUGAUGAUGCAUCCUUCCAGGAAUUGGGUGACGUUAUGCCACAUUUGAAAUAUAAACAUGAAUAUGAUACUAUUACUGAUUUAAGUUCUGAUAUGGAAAAAUCUGCAUUGAUGGGGAAAUCAGAGCAUGGUGAGUCAGAAGGACCUGAACAUCAUAGUCAUCCAUUACCAAGGUUGUAUUCCCCGGGAAAUUUCCAUGAUUUUGCUGCCCAAGAUGAAGCAGAAAUUGUGUUUCCCGUCAGACCUGGAAGUGGUGGCAAUCCUGCUGGGAAAAUUUUUAGGGCUUUUGGUGAAACUUCUGGCAAUUUUGGGAACCAGCCGACUCUUCCUACUGAACUGAAAGACUCUGGGAUCUCAAGUCAGAAAGAUAAUAAGUUGCAUCCUCUUGGGUUGUUGUGGUCUGAGCUUGAAAGUACUUAUGCUAAGAAUGGUCAGACAUCAAAUGCUCUAUUUAAUGCACAUGUUGGUGAUCAUCAGCAUUUAGACAAUGUGUCUGGAAGAUUUGCACCUUCUAGUUCAAUGGCCAAUUCAUCUGGUACCACAGAAUCAUGGCCGGAUGUUUAUGGUAGAAAUACUCUUUCAGAUGCCAAUUUAUUUCAAGAUGUCAUGGAGGCUCGCCAGCUCAUGGAUCAUGACUAUAACCGCUUUAAUUUAGAGGACAAGCUAUUGUCCCAACAACUGCAGCAGCAACAGCGUCAUCAUCAUCAUCAUCAUCAUCAGCAGCAGCAGCAUAGUUUGAUGCCUCUCCAUGAUGCACAGCUGAAUGAGGCAAUGCUAGAACGAGUGCCAAGUCAGAGUCUGAAACAACACCAACAAUUAGCCAAUCAAACGGGGCAAGAUCUUGAACAGUUUUUGGCCCUUCAGUUGCAGCAGCAGAGGCAGCUGCAGCUUCAACAACAGCAGCAACUACAGUUCCAUCAACAACAAAUGUUAUUUAAAGAGCAACAACAGUCCCAAGCCAGACAGGUGCUUUUUGAACAGCUACUGCAGAAUCCACUUCGGGACUCCGGCCGAGGGCAGUCACCUAUAGAUGCUCUUAGGUCGGACAGUGCUCUUGAACAGGCAAUAUUGAAGCAGCAAAUUUUCAAUGAUAUGCAACAGCGUGGCCAUUUUCCACCAAGGCAUGUUGACUCAUCCCUGGAGCAACUCAUACAAGCAAAAUAUGGGCAAAUGCCCCAUCAAGGGCAUCCUAAUGAUUUAUCGGAGCUGUUAUCUAGUGGAAAUCAUAGGCAGAUUCAUCCCCUGGAUCAGCUAGAGCAGCUGCAGGGAAGAUCUCUGCCACUGGGGCUCAGGAAGCGUUUGGAAAUGGAAGAAGGCAGGCAAGUUAGUCAUGGGUGGCCUCUUGAUGAAGCCAGUCAGUUCCUUAGAAAUCCUGCACCUACUCAUCGAGCUGGCUCUGCUGGAUUUAGCCCAUUAGACUUUUAUCAGCAACGAAGAGCGGCUGCUGAGGAGCAACUCAGCCAUCUUGAACGAAAUGCUUCAUUACAAGAUAGACUCCAACUAGGAAUUUAUGACCAUGGCAUGCUGCCGUUUGAACGCUCAAUGUCACUACCUGAUGGCGCUCCUGGUGUAAACCUAGAUGCUAUGAAUUCUAUGGCCCGAGCUCAUGGUUUAGAAAUGCAGGAGCAGAUUACACGACUGCAUCCAGGUGGUCAUGGUGGUAGAUUCUCACCAGGGGUCUACUCUCAGCAUACAACCCAACCUUCAAUUCCUAAGCAAUUUCAAGUUCCGCACUUGGAAACCACUGAUGGUCACUGGUCUGAGAAUCAUAGUCAGUUAUCCAAUGACUGGAUUGAAGCAAGAAUUCAGCAACUACAUCAUGAUAAUGAGAGGCAUAAGAGGGAAUUGGAUGUCAACAGGACAACAGAAGAUCCAAGUUUGUGGAUGUCAUCUGGAUUAAAUGAUGACAGUUCAAAGCGGCUGCUCAUGGAAUUACUUCAUCAGAAAUCAGGCCAUCAAUUGGAUGAACCCUUUGAGGCGACCAAUGAAGUAUCCCAUGAGAGAAGGCCUUCUUCUGGGACAGGUGCUACAAAUCAUUCAAUUACUCUUCUCAAUAAGGAAGCAGGUACCAAUCUCUCCUUUACCAUUGGGUCUUAUGGUUCUGAUUCAGGCGGACUACCUCAGGAUCAACUAGCUGAUGGAAUGACCAGUGUUCUAGAACAAGGUGGAUUGCCUUUCAGAUCAAAAUCUGGAGAAUAUUUCGAUUCUGGAAUUGAUGAAAGCUCUCAGGAAUCAGCUUCAAUGUCUCAAGCUGGCCUAGUUGAGAGGGCUGGCCUGGCAGCUAUAGAUAGUGGGGAAGUGCCUGUUAAUGCACUUAGUCGGCAUACUUCAGUUUGCUCUACUGGGUUUCAUUCGCUCAAUUCAUUUUCGGAGGAGGCUGCUAAGGAUAGGUUGCAAUCCAUCGCAUCAAAAAUGCCGGAAAACAUCUUGCUGAGACGUCCACCUGUCUCUCGUGCUGCAUCUGCUCAGGGAGGGUUGUCUGAGCUGAGUGCUGAUUCAGUCACCAGAGGAAAACACAUUCCAAAUGCUAUACCUUCUGACGGGAUCAGAGGAGAAACUGGAGGGAAUCCAGGAAACUCCGACAGUCAGUCAUCUGGCAAGAAGGCCAUGCAGUUUCAACGGACUUUAUCUUGUAGUGACGCUGAUGUCCUGGAGACGUCGUUCAGUGACAUGCUUAAAAGCAAUGCUAAGAAACCAACUCCUCAAGAAAGUAAUGCACCAGCAGCUGGAGCUGGAGCUUCAGAGUCAUCAGACAUGGCAAUGGGGGCAAAAUCUAGCAAAAAAAGGGGGAAGAAAGGUAGACAAAUUGAUCCUGCUCUUCUAGGAUUCAAAGUCACUAGCAAUCGGAUCCUGAUGGGUGAGAUACAGCGUAUAGAAGAUUAAUCUCUCCUGUCAUCAUCAUUUGUUGUAGAGGUUUCAGUUUGUAUAGAUUUUUUUAGCGAUUUGACUCUCUUGUUAUAGUUUUUCUGGCAUCCAGUUGUGCAUCAUUGACGAGGUUGUAACUUGUGCUUCGGGGGGUGGGGGGUUGAACAGCUUUUCAUUUUUCAUUUUCCUUUUUCUUUUCUUUUGGGGGUUUAGAGGCAUAUUCGACCUGGGAUUGCUCGACGAUUUUGUAUAGACAUUUUUUUAUACAAAUAGCAAAAAUCAACAAAGAAUAAUGGAAUUAUGCAAAAACGGUUGUCGCUCUA